UUCGUUUCCUUCGAACUUCUUGUUUCGACAACCAUUCAAGAUGCGCCCACCAUUGGCUGUGUUUGGAGCGUUGCGGCGUACAUUGCCAGCGUUCAAUGUUGCUGAAACGUUUGCGUGUCGCAAGAGUGUUCACAACCAGGCACAAACAGGAUUCAAGAAUGGAUACAAGUCUGUCCGCAAGACUCCGUUCCUAAAUGCCUUCCGAUCUGCUGGUCCUGCUAGACACCAAUCCACAACGGCACCUUCCGCUCCGCUAUCUGAAUUGAGCAAGACACUUGGUCAACAGACAGUAUCACCUGCAAAGAAGAGAGCCUUCCCGGAAACAACAGACAAGAAGGUGGGAUACUGGUUGCUGGCCAGUUCCGCGAGUGUGUUUGGUAUCGUCAUCUUUGGUGGUCUUACCAGGCUGACCGAAUCUGGACUGAGUAUCACCGAAUGGCGGCCCGUUACUGGUUCCCUCCCUCCCAUGGACGCCGAGAAGUGGGAGUCCGAGUUCGCCCUCUACCGUGCCUCUCCCGAGUUCAAGCUUCUCAAUCCUCGUAUGACGUUGGAAGAGUUCAAACAAAUCUACUGGAUGGAAUGGAUUCACAGACUUUGGGGUCGCUUCAUUGGCAUCACCUUCCUGCUACCCACCGCAUACUUCAUCGCUCGUCGCAAGGUCUCUGCUGGUAUGGCUCUCAAGCUUACCGGUAUCUGCGGUUUGAUCGGUUUCCAAGGUGUCAUUGGUUGGUGGAUGGUUGCAAGUGGUCUCAAGGAUGACUUGUUUGCUCCUGGAAGUCACCCUCGCGUCAGUCAGUACCGUCUCACUGCUCACUUGGGUACUGCCUUCAUCUGCUACCUCGCCAUGUUCUGGAACGCCCUGGCUAUCUUCCGUGAGAACCGUCUUCUGGCCAACCCCGAAGAGUCGUCCAAGCUUCUUCAACAGAUGAGAGCUCCCGAGCUCAAGUUCUUCCGUCGCAGUGUUGGCGCUCUUCUCGUCCUGGUCUUCAUCACUGCAAUGUCUGGAGGUCUUGUCGCUGGUCUGGAUGCUGGUCUCAUCUACAACGAGUUCCCCUACAUGGGUCUUGGUCUGACUCCCCCGAAGAAGGAGCUUUUCGACACUUUCUACAGCCACGUGCCCGACAACUCAGAUCUUGUCUGGCGCAAUGCUCUUGAGAACCCUUCUCUUGUCCAGCUUGACCACCGUGUCUUGGCUACCACUACCUUCACCGCUGUCAUGGCUCUUUGGGCAUACACACGUUUCAGCCCCCGCGUUCGCACAUUGAUGACUCCUGGUGCAAAGAAGGGUAUGCGUGGUGUUGUUCACCUCGUCUGGCUUCAGGUUGCUCUUGGUAUCUCGACUUUGCUCUACAUGGUCCCUACACCACUGGCUUCUGCUCAUCAAGCAGGUGCUUUGGCACUCCUGACCGGAACCAUUGCUCUCGGCAGCCGUGUCUGGUUCCCCAAGCGCGCUGCCAAGCUCGUCGCACAAAGACUUGCUGCUGGUGCCCCUCGUCCUUCCAUCGUUGGUAAGAGAGGUCCUGACGCCAUGCUCGCCGCUCAGACUGGUGUGCCCGGCCGUGUGUAGGUGCCAAGCUUGUACUAUUUCCUUACUCUGUACUCAUACUUUCCCCUCUCCACAAAUCUGUACAAAAAAUCAAAUGGUCCAUAGAGGACCUGGAGUUUCUUGAGGUCCAUCCUGUUUUACGAAACGCAUAGCGGGUGGUGGUGUACAAUCGUCUGUUUUUCCCAUAGACCACAAAAGGAGUUUUAGCUUCUUUGAACUUUUUGUAUACAAGCACAACAAUAAUCUUUCCAGAACUUCUUAUCUUAUUUGCUAGUUAUCCUCCAUAUGAUCUAUCAUUCCAUCCUUUGAUCUGCAGGCAAAUCUCGAAGCCAAG